ACCUAAUUUCCCCCAAUACGUAACAUUUACCAAAAAGGAUGGCAGCGGUGUUGAAGAGGGGUGCAACAUUUCGAGUAUUAAGGUAUCUCCACAGACAGUAUUCCACAGAGCAGGCUUUGCCAAAGAUCACCACACAUUACACAGUGGUGCCUAGGGAAACGGACCCAAGAUGGAAAGAUAUCUCUAUGGAGAGGUUUGCAGACGAGGCUGACGUAGUGAUUGUCGGAGGAGGACCUGCAGGACUCGCAGCAGCCUGUCGAAUAAAGCAGCUAGCCAAUGAAAAAGGAACAGAAAUCAGAGUUUGUGUUUUGGAAAAGGCUGCGGAAAUAGGCGGCCACACCCUCUCAGGAGCAUGUAUAGAGCCCAAGGCAAUAGAAGAACUCUUCCCUGACUGGAAAGAAAGAGGGGCUCCUUUCCACACCCCAGUAACAGAAGACAAAUUUUCUUUUUUGACUAAAUCUUCCAGGAUACCUAUUCCUGUAUUUAGAGGGAUGCCGAUGGAUAACCAUGGUAACUAUAUAGUCAGACUGGGUAAUGUAGUUCGCUGGCUAGGAGAGCAGGCAGAAGAGUUAGGAGUAGAGGUCUACCCUGGAUUUGCUGCUUCUGAGGUUUUGUUCAAUGAGGAUGGUAGUGUUAGAGGUAUAGCAACCAAUGAUGUGGGGAUUUACAAGGAUGGAUCCCCUAAGGAAUCUUUUGAAAGAGGCAUGGAGUUUCAGGCCAAAUGCACCAUAUUUGCUGAGGGUUGUCACGGCCAUCUUUCCAAACAACUGUUUAAUAAGUUUGAUCUCAGGAAGGACUGUGAACCACAGACGUACGCCAUUGGUCUCAAGGAAUUAUGGGAAGUGACACCAGAACAGCAUCAUCCUGGGCGAGUAGAACACACCGUAGGAUGGCCUUUGGACCGUAAUACUUAUGGAGGUUCUUUUAUAUAUCACUUAGGAGAGGACGCCCCACUAGUAUCAGUGGGAUAUGUGGUUGCUCUAGAUUAUGAAAAUCCAUACAUCAGUCCUUUCAAGGAGUUUCAGAGGUUUAAGCAUCACCCUUACAUAGAGAAGAUAUUUAAAGGAGGCAAGAGGCUGGCCUAUGGAGCUAGAGCUCUGAAUGAGGGUGGGAUACAGAGUGUACCACGGCUGACGUUUCCAGGUGGUUGUAUAGUGGGCUGCGCGGCUGGGUUUAUCAACGUCCCCAAGGUCAAGGGUUCCCACAAUGCCGUGGCCAGUGGAAGGAUGGCGGGGGAGGCUGUGUUUGACGUGAUUACAGAUGAGAACCACAAGUCAGAGACGGCAGGACUUGAACCAUUGGCUUAUGAACAGCGCCUUAGGGACAGUUGGGUGUGGAAAGAAUUGUAUGCAGUGAGGAACGUCCGCCCGUCUUUCCACUCACCCCUGGGGUUAUAUGGGGGUAUGGCCUACACUGGACUAUUCUGUGUACUGUUGAGAGGCAAGGAACCCUGGACACUCUCACAUGGAGGUGCAGACCACAGUCGACUUAAACCAGCUAAAGAGUUCAAAGAGAUUGAGUACCCCAAGCCUGAUGGGGAGAUCAGUUUUGACCUCCUCAGCUCAGUGGCGCUAACAGGAACCAAUCACGACCACGACCAGCCUGCUCAUCUUACUCUCAUGGACGACUCCGUACCUGUCAAUACUAACCUGGCGACAUAUGACGGACCAGAACAGAGGUUUUGUCCUGCAGGAGUAUAUGAAUAUGUGGAGACAGAAGACGGGUCAGGAAAGAGACUACAGAUCAACGCACAAAACUGUAUUCACUGUAAAACUUGUGACAUUAAGGACCCCACUCAAAACAUCAACUGGGUGACCCCCCAGGGGGGAGAGGGGCCUGCAUAUAAUGGCAUGUAGGACCCAGGGGUGGAACACUGGGGAUGGGGGGGGGGGGAGUAUAAUGGACCAAGGCAGAAAGUGAGUCAGUGAACACAUCAGGGUGAAAGACAUGGAUAAAAGAGUAUACUGAGGGAAGACUACACCACAAUAUGGAGAUGGAUGCAUAUUAACAUAUUGUAUAGUAUUUCUUGGAACAGUUAUGAUCCAUUUUCAUGAUGAAAUAUUAAUUAGGGUCUAAGUAAUAAUGCAUGUGUCAAGUUUUGGAUUGAGGAACAUCUCACAAACUGUUUGAGAGGGAGACACUUUGUAACAUGUAAGUUGUAAUUAGGAUAAGAAAAUGGAUGCCCGUUAUCUUGGAUGCUAUUGUUUGAUAUUGAAUGAACAAUGUGAAUUUCAAAUUCAAUGACUAUUUUAUGUUUGCAUGAUGUUGUAAGAAAGUUCAAUUUUCUGUUAUAUUCCAAUUUUAUAAUACAUACUCUGUAUCGCCCAUUAUAAAUAUGAUAAAGUUUUUUUUCAAUAGA